AAUUUUACACACAAUAAGUCUAAAGUAACUUAAGUAUAGUAAGAAAAGUGUACUCUUUAUAAACGGUUUGGUUUUGUAAAAGAAACUCUCUAAAAUGGCACGUGCACAAGACGCUGCUGGCAUACUGCGUGGUUUGAAGCUGGUAGCCGAUUCUGUCGGCAAAUCGCAGACCGACUACGCCAAACAUCUGUGGGCAAACUCGAGCGUACGGGAAGUCCUCGAGCAGCAGCUAGCCACCGGAGAAAAAUCCAUCAAGCAUGUCUUGAACAAUCCUGCCCAGGAGCUGGAAAAAGCUGGUGGAAUGGUACGGGAAACUAUCGAACGAACCGCAGUGGUUGCCGAGGGACUUCGUCAGCUUACGGUGGCCGCAUUGCCGAAAGUAGGACCGCUUGCACCGGACGCACUCAUGAACCAACGAAUCUAUGCGGCGGGUGCAGGGCCGAUGCCAACACCAGACACGUCGAACGAUAUUGCCAGCUUGGAUAUAUCAAAGAUAACGCUGAAGGAGCUAGAAUCGAUACUUUCCGAGCAUAGCAAAACUCGUGAGAUAAAGUUAAGCACGGAAAACACUAAACCCUCAUCCGUGCCCAGCAAACAACCCGACAAGGAGGCGAGCAAUGCCGUUGCGCCGGAAAAGCCGACAGAAACCAAACCACCUCCCCCGAAACCGACCAUUCAGAAUAAAGCCAUCACACAAGACGAGAAGCAGAUAGAGAAGAUGAUGCAGUUUGUUUCGUCGUACGACAAAAGUCCGUCCGUGGCUCCGAAACCACCGCCAACACCACAGCGGGAACCGGGACAACCGAUCGAACUACCUCAGCUCAGUACCGUAGCAAAGCAACGCAAAGUGCCAUCGUCUCGGGUGGCACGAAUGGCAUCAUUCGGUGGCCUCUUUGCUGGCCUUGGCCUAGGCACGGUGAACGAGCUCGCAAAAGGUGCGCUCGGUAUUGGCGGAACGUUGGACGUAAAGCAGGCCCUUUUCAGUCCGAACAACGCGGAACGAAUCGUGGAUACGUUGUGCAAGGUGCGAGGUGCGGCACUAAAGCUGGGUCAAAUUCUAAGCAUCCAGGACUCGAACAUUGUAUCACCACAGCUGGUGAAGGCGUUCGAACGGGUCCGACAGGCCGCCGAUUACAUGCCCGACUGGCAGGUGGAAAGGCAGCUUGUUGCUGAGCUCGGUCCGAACUGGCGAGCGAAACUACAAAGCUUCGACCAGAAACCGUUUGCCGCGGCUUCCAUUGGGCAGGUGCAUCGGGGCGUACUAAAAGAGGGCGGUAUGGAGGUGGCCAUUAAAAUACAGUACCCGGGGGUGGCGAAAAGUAUCGAAAGUGACAUCGAUAACCUCGUGUCCAUGCUGAAGGUUUGGGAUGUUUUUCCGGCCGGUGUUUUCAUCGACAACGUGGUCGCGGUGGCGAAGCGCGAACUGGCCUGGGAGGUGGACUAUACGCGCGAGGCGGAAUACACCGAGCGGUUUGCCGAAAUGAUACGCGAUAUGCCGGAGUUUCGUGUGCCACGCGUUGUCAAGGAGCUCACAUCGAAGAACGUGCUUACUACGGAGCUAGUUCCCGGUGUUCCGAUGGAUCGUUGUUUCGAUAUGAGCCAAGAACAUCGAAACCACAUAGCCUACUGCGUGAUGAAACUUUGCCUCAACGAACUGUUCACCUUCCGGUGCAUGCAGACCGACCCGAACUGGUCCAACUUCCUCUACGACGCACCGACAAAGCAGAUAAUGCUGAUCGACUUCGGUGCGACACGGUUCUACAAAAAAGACUUCAUGGACGACUACUUGAGGAUCAUCAUUGCGGCUACGAAAAAUGACCGCCAGCAGAUACUGGAACUGUCGCGCAAAAUGGGUUUCCUCACCGGCUACGAAACGGCGGCCAUGGAAAAGGCCCACGUCGACGCCGUCCUUAUCCUGGGCGAAGUGUUCAGCGUACCGGGAGAGUUUGAGUUCGGUCGGCAGAGCACAACGAAGAAGAUCGCAGCACUCGUCCCGGUUAUGAUUGCCCAUCGUCUGUGUCCUCCGCCCGAGGAGAUCUAUUCGUUGCACCGGAAGCUAUCCGGUGUGUUUUUACUUUGCGCACGACUUGACGCCAAAAUCGAUUGCAAACCGAUCUUCGAGGAGGUAAUGCAGAACUACAAAUUCGAUUGAAGGAAAGUGUGCAUUUGAAAACGAAUGAAAAGAAUAAAUG